CAGAAUGUUUCAUUUUCCUUUUACUGGUAGGCCUGCUGUGGCUUGGUCUGGAAGGAUUGAACCCUCCUCGUUCAGACCCUAGUGGAGAGUGAGCCUCUCACCAUGUCAGCCUGCUGCAGCUGUAACGAUAUUUUCCAGUAUGAGACAAACAAAAUCAUCCGGAUCCAGAGCAUGAAUUAUGGCACCAUUAAGUGGAUCUUCCAUGUGAUCAUCUUUUCUUACAUCAGCUUCGCUUUAAUCAGUGACAAGCGGUACCAACAGAAAGAGCCUCUUAUCAGUUCUGUACACACCAAGGUGAAAGGGACAGCAGAGGUGAAAAUGGAGAUAUUGGAGAAUGGAAUCAAGAAGAUGGUGUCUACUGUCUUCGACACUGCGGAUUACACCUUCCCCUUGCAGGGGAACUCCUUCUUCGUGAUGACAAACUUUCUCAAGACAGAAGGCCAACAGCAGGGGUUCUGUCCUGAGUUUCCCACCCGCAGGACACUCUGUUCCAAUGACUGGGGCUGUAAAAAAGGAUGGAUGGACCCACAAAGCAAGGGGAUCCAGACCGGAAGGUGUAUAGAGUAUAAAGGGAAGCAGAAGACUUGUGAAGUCUCCGCCUGGUGUCCCAUCGAGGCAGUGGAAGAGGCCCCCCGGCCUGCACUCUUGAACAGUGCUGAAAAUUUCACUGUGCUCAUCAAGAAUAACAUUGACUUCCCUGGCCACAACUACACCACUAAAAACAUCUUGCCAGAUAUAAACAUCACUUGUACCUUUCACAAGACUCAGAACCCACAGUGUCCCAUUUUUCGAUUAGGAGAUAUCUUCCAACAAACAGGAGAUAAUUUUUCAGAUGUGGCAAUUCAGGGAGGGAUCAUGGGCAUUGAGAUCCACUGGGACUGCAACUUAGACAGUUGGUUCCAUCACUGCCGUCCAAAAUACAGUUUCCGCCGCCUUGAUGACAAGAACACCACCACUGAGUCCUUGUACCCUGGAUACAACUUCAGAUACGCCAAGUACUAUAAGGAAAACAACGUUGAAAAACGGACUCUGAUAAAAGUCUUUGGGAUCCGUUUUGACAUCCUGGUUUUUGGCACCGGAGGAAAAUUUGACAUUAUCCAGUUGGUCGUGUACAUUGGCUCAACCCUCUCCUACUUUGGUUUGGCCACUCUGUUCAUUGACUUUCUCAUCAACACUUACUCGAGUAAAUGCUGUCGAUCCCACAUUUAUCCCUGUUUCAAGUGCUGUGAAUACUGUGCAGUCAACGAAUACUACUACAAGAAGAAGUGUGAGACCAUUGUGGAGCCAAAGCCGACAUUAAAAUACGUGUCCUUUGUGGAUGAAGCCCACAUUAGGAUGGUGGACCAACAGCUACUUCGGAGACGUCUACAAGAUGUCAAAGGUGAAAAAGUCCCAAGACCCUCAAUGGAAUUCACAGACUUGUCCAGGCUGUCCCUGUCUCUCCAUGACCCGUCCCCUAUUCCUGGACAAUCAGAGGAGAUGCAGCUGUUAAGUGAAGAAGCGACCCCUAGAUCCAGCAACAGCCCAGACUGGUGCCAGUGUGGACACUGCCUCCCAUCCCAGCUCCCCGAGAGCCAGCGAUGCCUGGAAGAGCUGUGCUGUCGUAAAAAGGCUGGUGCCUGCAUUACCACCUCAGAGCCGUUCAGGAAGCUCAUCUUGUCCCGACAGGUCCUGCAGUUCCUCCUGCUCUACCAGGAGCCCUUGCUGGUGCUGGAUGAAAACUCCAACAGCCGGCUGCGGCACUGUGCCUACAGGUGCUACACCACCUGGCGCUUUGGCUCCCAGGACCUAGCCGACUUUGCCAUCCUGCCCAGCUGCUGCCGCUGGAGGAUCCGGAGAGAAUUUCCCAAGAGUGAAGGCCAGUACAGUGGCUUCAGGAGUCCUUACUGAUGGCACAGGGCUGAGCAAGCAUGUUAACGUUCCCUUUGUUUGCACCUGAGCUUGACCUGCAAAGAUCUGUGGCCAAAUUUUCAACCAAAGGGAGAUGUGUUUCCUCUCCUGCAGCCCUAGAUGUGCCAGAGAGCAGACUAAACAACCCAACAAGUAAACUAGAAUCCCUCAGCAUGGACUGAGAGUCAAGAGAUUCAGAUCUAUGCCUCAAUUCCAUCCCUGGGAAGUUGUAUGAUCCUAGGGCUUUAACUCUGUGCCUCAGCUGCCUUACUAUCCAACCUGCUAUUCCACAGAGACAUCAGGAGAAGAAACUUAGAGAGUGUGCACUUUCUUGCUAAUGCACAAAGAGCUAUAUGAAUGCAAAGCAGCUCCUUCUGAGGCCACACUGGGAAAAUGUACAACUAUGAACCAACCCUUUGGGUGCUGGUUGGAGAAGAUGGGAGGAUUAAAAGUGGCCACACUCAGCAGUUUAGCGCCUGCCUUCGCCCCACGGCGUGAUCCUAGAGUCCUAGGAUCAAGUCCCACAUCGGGCUCCCUGCAUGGAGCCUGCUUCUUUCUCUGCCUGUGUCUCUGCCCCUCUUUCUCUCUCUCUCAUGAAUAAAUAAAUAAAAUCUUAAAAAAAAAAGUGGCCACAAAUUCUUUGGCACUUGUCCCUGAGAGUUAUGUCUCCUCCCCUUGUAUCUAGGCAGUUCUGAUGGCUUUAUCCAGCAGUGGAAGUGACACUGUGCCAGCUUUGGGGUCUUGGUCUUGAGGCUGGCAGCUUCCACUUCCUAUCCUGUCCCACGUCUGCUGUGAAGGAAGCCAGCCCCCAUACAAAGGUCUGGCUAUCCUGAGACCACCCUACUGUGAGGAAAUUCAAGAAGCUACAUGGAGAACAGAAAUGCCUCCAGUUCCCAGCUUCCAAGCCAAACAAACUCAGUCACUAGACAUGGGAGAGCCACUCAGUACAUAUGCUUUCAGAUAUGUACUGAUGCUUUCGGAUGAUUCCACACCCUGCUAACAUAGGACUGCAACUAUAUGAGAUGCCCUGCACAGAACAAAAGUGUUGUUUUAAGCCACUAAGUUUUAUGUUGUUUGUUAUGCAGCAACACUCUGGGGCAGUGAGGAAGCCUGACUCAGUGGAACAUAGACUCAGCCCAUACUUUCCAUGGUUCUAAGGUUUUUUGUUUGUUUGUUUUUCUAAGAUUCUUUUCAUGCAUUCAUGAGAGACAGAAAGAGAGAAGCAGAGACACAGGCAGAGAGAGAAGCAGGCUCCCUGCAGGAAGAUCAACGCGGGACCCGAUCCCUGGACUCCAGGACCACGCUCUGGGCCGAAGGCAGCUGAGCCAUCCAGGGAUCCCCCGGUUCUAAGGUUUUUAGGGAGCUUGGACCACCCCUGAAGCCCCACAGGGGCUUAGGUUUCUAUUUGGCACCUCUGUCAAAGCUGCAGACCAAAUCAGGUAACCCACCAGACCAGGCCUGGAAUCUAUCCAAACUAACUGCUGAACUACCUGAUAUAUUCUAAUAUACAUCCUAUCUCUGCAACUGGAAGUAGCUACUGCUGUUAAAACUGGAAAAGGCCAAGUUUAUGCCUUCAACACCCUGUACUUUGCAGCCAAUUAGAAUGGAUGCAAUCUGGAUGCUACUUUAAAAAGUAACUCACACCCAAACCUUUACCAUUUCUGUACAUCAACUGCUAAGAAUAUGAAAAUGGAUAGUCAGAAGUUUUAGUAUCCUUCUUUGGGAUUUCCUUUUCAUUUUUCUGGUAUUAGAAUUGAUUAUUCCUAACAACUAUUUUAAAGAAUAAAUGGAGACCACUAUUCAACACUGUAACUAAAAACAAACAAACAAAAAAAAAAACACUGUAACUGAUGAAGGAACUGUGAGUUUUUUUAAAUGCGUAUUCUGAGAUGUACCAUUUUGAUACCUUUAAAAACCAGAUGCUUUUUACUAUAUUCACAUAAAGUAAAUAUGGGAAAAACCCUUCUUUUUUUGAUCCAGGAUUUUUUUUUUUUGAUCCAGGAUUUUAUCUGGCUUUAAACUCAGGAAUAUGGUAGGCCAGACUGAAAUUUCAUUUUUACAACCUUUCAGAGAUAGUAAAUUAUAAAUGACUUCUUAUAUGUAUGAUAUAUAUUUGAAAAGUGGAUUACAUAUGACUUCUGCAGAAUUUAAAUUUUUACUCCUAGAAUUCUAUGUAUGAGCUACAGGUUUCCAUUCUGAUAAACAUCUAAGACUUUAUACCUUUUUGUGCGUGUGUGCCUUAUCCCCAGUGUAUUUUUAUCACCUCUGGGGGCCCCAAAUGGAGUCAGAAUUUAGAAUGACAAUUAGUCAUUAGAUCCACCUAUCUUCCUUCACCUUCCCCACAGAUGCUUUAAGUGAGAGGGUGAUGUGUUAUGUCAUCCAUGUGUAAAAUGUCUUGACACUUCUUACAAUAACAUGCAUCACAUUUAUAUCUUGUUUUUAGUCUACUGCAUAAAAUAAUGUCAUCAGCAAAGACAUCCCAAGGAGAAUCACACUCUGUAGGAUGUUUGCUUGUACUUAAAUACAUUAUUCUAUAUGGUAAUUGCCCAGUAUUCAUUACUUCGUGUCUGUAUUAGAGAUCUGCUUUCUUGUCACAUUGACUGGUUUCAUGUAGAAUUGGUAAUGAACUUUCAUUUCUCUCUUCAGAGGGUACCAGUUUUUAAACUUACUAAUUCUAGUUUGCCAAUGUACAUGUCCUAACUAGAUAAUAUGUUUUGAUAAUAAAAUAUUGUAUCAAUGUUUCGAUUAUAAAAAAUAAUGUAUGGUUUAUGAUUACUAAAGUGUUCCUUUUACUUCCUUUUCUCAGAAGAUCCCCAAAUCACAGUUCAUUCAUUGACACUUUCAUUCAACAUAUAGUCAUUGAGGCACUAUGACAUAAUAAGAUAUGUAUUUGAGGGCAGCCCCAGUGGCGCAGCGGUUUAGAGCCGCCUGCAGCCAGGGGUGUGAUCCUGGAGACCUGGGAUCGAGUCCCAUGUCGGGCUCCCUGCAUGGAGCCUGCUUCUCCCUCUGCCUGUGACUCUGUCUCUCUCUCUCUCUCUUUCUCUCUCUGUGUCUCUCAUGAAUAAAUAAAUAAAAUCUUAAAAAAAAAGAUAUGUA